CUCUGAUUCAUUCCGAACGGGAUAUCACUAGAUAUGCCUAGAGAUAAGACCUUUAUCUCACGAGGGCGUAUUCUCGUAGUAGAAGAUGCGUUGUGAACCCGCUAUCUGGCAGUCACCUGGAUAUGCCUCAUCUUCACACCUGAACUACGGAUCUCAAUUUCAAUGACGAUUCUCGUCUGCAUCUCCCUCAUUCUCUUCUCGCUCGCCGACUACGUCUCUUGUCAGCAGAAUCCGGAGCGCACUGUCGCGUUCAUCGGCGAAAAAUGCGAGAGGGACGUCGAUUGCAUCGAGAAUGCAUUCUGUCGCUGGCAACAAACUUGCCUAUGCGAUCCAUAUUAUUCACCAAGUCUUGAUAAAUCAGUGUGCAUCGCCACUGCUGGCCUAAGUUGUCAAGAUAACACACAGUGUCGAACCAUGGCGAAUGGCGAGUGCAGGCAGAACACAUGCGCUUGCAAAGAUGAUUUCUUCUUAGACAGCAAGAAUUCUUCAAACUGCAUCAGCAGACCUGUUAAAAUUGACGAUCCUUGCCAGGUGUCCACCCUAUGCCAGGAAAGUUUCGAUUUCGCCUUGUGCAUCAAUGAGAAGUGUCAGUGUUUCACGGGAUAUCAUUUCGUGAACCAGACUAGAGUCUGCGUGCAAAGUCGAGCACUAUAUUUUUCUUGCACGCACGACUACGAGUGCUACGAGAGCGGCAGAUCUCCAGACACCAUGGAGUGUAAGAAUCAACAGUGCGUGUGCAAGGAGGGAGAAUCAUGUUCUAAAGGCGCACUGAUGACGACCGCCGAAAUACUCGUGGUAAUCUCGUUCUUUCUACAGCGAAUCGCUUGCUAGCGAAUAUAUAUAAAACAUUCAAUUAUUUUAAUCAAAUUUACAAUGUUGUUGUUACAGUACAGUUGUUGUAGUACAAAUGAUUCAGCUCAUGUAAAUUCAAGUCAUGCAAAUUAUAAUUUCUAAUUUAACAUAAUUCCUUUAUAUAUUAUUUUUAUAUUGCAUUUGUACUUUUAAUAAAUGCCUCUUAAAAUGUUUGAGAGAAAUCGAUAUUUCCCACAAAGUUAGAAUUUAAUUUUCAUAUAUAGUCAAUAUAUUUUCUUUUUCGAAUAUUCUAUUGAAUAAUGUUUUCCAAUCACUAUAUACAUUAUUUAAACAUGACAACAUUAUUUAAAUAUGAUAAACGUUAAGUACUAAUUACUGCCUACAAAGUUUUGUGACUAUUAUUGAAAUAAAGAGUGUCGGCAUGUCGAAUUUGAAGAGAAAUUUAUAGAGAAAAUUGAAAUUAAAAGUAACAGAAGCAAGUUGUAACACCUAUAUAAAAAAAAACAAUGUUAUAAACAAAAUAUAAAAAUGUAAAGAAGAGAUAAAGGUUUAUAAUGGUGCUGACUUAUAUAAACUUUUAUUUUUUUCUUUAUCUCUUCUAUUUCUUCUUUUAUCUUUUCCUGUUUUCCGAGAAUAUUAUCGAGCGCACUCGAAUCAUGCGUUAUAUCUUUCUUAUUUCACAUGGAAAUUUGAAAAUAAAGAAACGUAUGCUCUUA